CCGACGAGGACGGCUGUUUUUCCUUCUCCUCCACCCCCUGCGUUUUUUUUCGCAGGGGGUGCGGGUGCAGGUGAAGACAAAAAACGCGGCUUCGGAUCUGAAGGAGGAGGAGACGCUGUACCAAGUCAUGAACAAGCACGAGCAGGCGGUCACGCCCGAGGACCAGGUGUACCGGAUCGGGGGCCUGCUCACCACCAUGCAGGACAAGGUGAACGGCGCCAAGUCCGCCUUGCAAACGCUGAACGAAACGGUGGAGAACACGUACAUCACCGCGCAGGCCCAGGGACUCGAAGCGCUGGACAGCGGGAUUUUGCAACAAGCCGUGGAGCGCGACCGCGUGGAGGCGGGCAGAUUGGAUGACUACUUGCAGCAAUCCCGAACCUUUUUGUCGACGAUCCGCGGAAUCCUGGAUUCGCACCCGAACGCGGAGUCCUGCGCCGACCUGGAGUGCGGGGACCACGCGACCUGCCGAGUGACGCCCUCCGACACGGAGCCGAAGGACAAGCCCGCGUUCUACGAGGUCCCGCACUGCUCGUGCGACCCGGGCUACGAGGGCGACGGCUUUCUUUGCACCCUGCGCAAAAUGUCGGUGAACGCCAUGUUUCUGGACGACACCGCGUACCAAGGCGCCGGGAGCAGCAGUGGUGCCUCUGCUUCCGGGAGCGGCGCCGGGAGCAGCAGUGGUGCCGCCAGUGGGAAAACGAAGGUUGGCGCGAAGAUUGACGGCGUUGCGAUGGCGGCGUCCCCCAGUGGGGGCCUGAUUUUCGUCGUCUACCGCGACGCAGAGACCAAGCUCGCGCACUUGCGUCUGGGAAGACAAACGCUCGGGCGGGUGUUCUGGCCCGCAAACACGACCGGAAUCUUGUUGCACGAAAAACCGGUGCUGGCCGAGGCGCUGGACAUCCAGUACGACGAUACCACACACACGGUGUACGUGGCCUUCGUCGAGUCGAGCACGAAAGCGGGUUACGUCGCGAAAACUUCCGCCACGAACGCGCUGGAAAACUUGGCGAAACUCGUCGAGCCCGUGCAGAAGUCGCCCAAGCCCUACGGGCGCAACCAGGACGCGAAGGCGCGCCUUCUGCUCACGCGGAUCGACCCCACGCAGACCGACCCGAACGUGCUCGUCUUCUUCGGGGACCCGGAGAACAAGGUCGGGCGGGUCGCGUUGGCGAGCAACCCGGCGGAAAAUAACUUGCAGUUUGACGGCAAUUUUGAGUUCUACGUGGGCAAAGUGACGAACGUGAACGUGGUCCCGAUCGCCACCGCCGCGGGGAAGUUCGUCGUGGCUUUUCACGGCGAUGUCGCCACCAACGCAGAGGACACGGCCGUGCUGCGGGUGGGAAAAGUCGACGCCGACGGGAACAUGUUCUUCUACAAGCCGUUGAAGGUCGGAAUCAUCGGUGCCGACCUGUCCUACCAUUCGCUCGCGCUGGUCGCGGAAAACACGGUGGCGCUCAGCUACUACGACGCAGGUAGCGGAUGUCGGUGUGUUGUGGUUCUUUCCGACCUAAAGAAAGUCAUGAUCGCCGCGUUGUACGUGUAAUGAGUGUUUGCAUGAUAAUGAUAUGAAAUCCACCUCAAGGCAGAGCUACAAUCGAAUUACAUCACAGAUGACAACUUUAACCGCGAGGCUGUGAUCACGGUGAACGCAACGGGAAACAGCCUGCAGCUCGCGGACCCUACGUAUCCGAAACUGAUUCAGAACCCCAAGGGGUCGGACUUCCGGGGCCCGGCACUGGUGGGCACUGAGUUGUCUGUUCCGUUCGUGGCACCGGGAACCACACCAAAAACCCUGAUGUACUUCGCACCGUUGGAAGGGCAGCCCGGGCUGUCAGGUAGGAAUGUUUUGUGUUGCUGCAGCAGUAGGACGGCAUAGCAUUCAGAAGUCAGGCAAGGGACCAUUUUUGUUUGCUGGAACAAGGAACGCAGUCGCAAAAAUAAAUUAAUGACUUCGUUACAGGCAGCGUUACCCGGCUUUGUGGUCUGCAGGCCGACAGCAUGGCAACAGACACGUGCGAUAAGAUUCCAUUUGCGGGGGCACGGCCGAUUAAGAUCGCCGUUGGUGUGCCAGUCGCAGAGGGAAACGUUUUUUUCGUGUACAUAAACCAAGCAGGCGUAGCAUUUCAGGAGCUGAAGACCGUUGUGGAUAUGACCCCAGGCCCAGCCGAGGCCGCUCUAGCAUGAACAGAAGAACUUUUUUCCACCACGCGCAGAUAUAUUCGCGCCCUUGUGCUUGAGGCAAGUUCAGUCGAGACUUCUGUUGUUUCCUUCUGCAUUAUCUGAGUGUUCGUUUCCUGCUGUACGAUGAAGCGCCGCGCGCGGUAGAGGAGGGAAGGUGCAGUAAUGAACGAUAUGACGGUGGUGUAUUCGAUGACGAUGAAGUUGAACACGCUGAUGGCUGAUGCUGCCAAAAGUUGUCCGUUUCGCAUGUAGCUGCAUUGACAACAUCAUCAACAAUGACGGUACGAGGACCCAGGAGGCCAAAAAGGUCCGUAGUCACAAAAUAACGACCGACAUAGAAGACAAGUUUUCACCACUUGUGGCUCCUCAGACUGAUCACAAAUUCCCUUUACCAUGGCGGUCUCGUUCUCCGCCGCGGAGGGUAUCGAGGGUCGGCAGCGCAAGCUUGUCCAAAUUGUGGAGAAGCUGCAGCAAGUGCCCUCGUCUACGGUCCCGGAGUCGAACCUGCUCACCCAGUUGGUGAAGCUGUUCCACCCCAGUCGCGGCCUACCAGUGACCGAAUUCCGCAGCUGCUGCU